UUCCCCCAAGAGGAGCGCUCUCUUGUCUUGAGAGAGAGGCAGCCAUGCUGGUGGCAGAGCUGCUGCUUUUCCUGCAGGAAGAGAAAGAAGAAGAGGAGGAGGGAAAGGGAGAGGGCUCCAGGAGCAUCCUCUGCUUGUGCUCCCGCACCUUCGUCGAGGAUCGGAAAUUGUACAAACUAGGCUUAAAGGGAUUUUAUGUCAAAGAGGGAGAUAACAGUAUAGAGGAAGAUCAAGUAACUGAAGAUGAGAACAAUGAGCAGAAACAUGAUGCCUUUAGGACUGCUGACUUGUCAUCACACAGCCAUGCCCCUGGAGUGGAAGAUACUGAACUAGAUUCGGAGACAGAACUUAUGAAGAGUAUGGGUUUGCCUGUACAAUUUGGUGGGUUGGCAACCCAUAAGACUAUGAUGGAAUCAGAGAAUACUCAUAAGAGGAGUAACAAAGUGAUGAAGAAAAAGAAGAAAAAGAAAAAGAUGUUGCAAAAAGAUAUUCUCAAUGUAAUGAAGGAGACUUUAGAAGAAGACCCUGAGAUUGAAGAUAACCACUCUCUUUCUGAUGAUCCAUCCCUAAUUAAGAAGGAGAUUGAUGAACACUGUGAAAAUGGAGACAACCAACUUGAUGAGCAUCUGAAAGAAAAAUGGGAAAUAUAUUGGGGUGAAUAUGGAGAAGGACUUCUUUGGAAAAGUUGGCAGAAGAAACAGGAGAAUGUAAAUUCUGAGCUUUUAUCCAUAAGUGAGCCUUGGAAUAAUCCUGAAAUGAAGGAAAAAUGGGAGCAGCACUAUAAUGAACUAUACUGGUAUUACUGGGAACAGUUUCAUUACUGGGCAAGUCAAGGUUGGACUGUGGAUGUUGCACAGAACCAUAGUCCAGAAAUGAAUACAAGUAAGCUAGAAAUAGAGCAAGGAAGGACACAGCAUGUUAGUGCAGAUGGACAGUUCAGAGAAGUUCUGAACUCAGGUUUCUGCUCUCUUCCUUCUGUUGCCAACUGUGAUGGUAAUCCAACUCUAAAUGAUGAUCAGUAUAAUAAUGACAUUCUUAUGGAGAUCAGUAAAAUAAACCUGAGCUCGGAAGGAGAAGAAGACAGCAAAUUGGAAAACAUGGUUGAUAGUAAUGAUAGUCAAGGACUCAAUUUAACAAGCAUGGAAAGGUCAUGUCCUUGUGAUUCUAACCGAACUGAGAAAUCUGAUGAGAAUCUAAAGGAAAGAAGUACAUCUUCUGAACAUGGGUCUUCUAACCAAACAGUUUCACAGGAGUCGUCCAAGGCACUUUCCACAGGAGGUGGGCAGUCACACAAUAACAGUGAUGGUGAUGAACAGCCACCUGAACAUAAACAUGCUAAAUUAAAGAGGAGUCAUGAAUUAGAUGCUGAAGAAGAUCCUCAGGCUGAUCCAGAAAAUGUUUUUGGUCUCCUGGGGCUCAAGCAUGGUACAGGACGAAGAUACAAAGAAAUUCCUGGCUUUAGUGAACGGAAAGUAACUCAUCUCAAUAAAAACAUGAAAUUUAAAUCAAAGGUGUUGGACAUGCGCAGAACAAUCAAGACCAAAAACAAACAUAUAUUUUUUACAGAAGAGCCUGAAAUGGUAGUGUUUAAGAAGAGUGAAACUCUGAAUAAGGUCGAAAGUUUCUUGAAGCAAGUGAAUGAACCUAUGGAAGAGACAUCUGAAAACAAACUAAUUCAUGCUUCCACCAGCAGUGAUUCAGAAGAACAGGAAAAUGAUACUGGCUCACAAAAUAAUUCAAAUAUCCAAAACUGUGACCUGCUACUUCCUGGUUCAAAUUCUAGCAGAAUUAAAAAAAAUAGCAUUGAGAAGAAAAAGCUGGUGAUAGCAGCAAGUAAUUGUAAUUCUCAGGUGCCUGAGGAUGAGAUGAGAACAGAAGUAUGUCCUUUGGAAAGAGAACUAGUUCCUCUGGAUAUUCCAGACUAUCUGCAGAUGGAAACAGAAGGUGAAGUAAAUGCUAUAAAAAAGAAGAAAAACAGAAAGGCCAAGAAGAAGAAAAACAGAAAUAAACCAUCUCUACCCCCUGAAAUAGCUGCUGAUCCAGAACUGGCUAAAUACUGGGCACAGCGGUACAGGCUGUUCUCUCGGUUUGAUGAAGGGAUUCAGUUAGACAGAGAGGGAUGGUUUUCUGUUACACCUGAGAAAAUUGCAGAGCAUAUUGCAGACCGUGUAAGGCAAUCCUUCAAGUCCGACAUCAUAAUAGAUGCAUUUUGUGGUGUUGGAGGAAAUGCAAUUCAGUUUGCCUUGGCAGCAAAAAGAGUCAUUGCUGUUGAUAUUGAUCCUGUGAAGAUCCGUCUUGCUCACAAUAAUGCAGAAGUGUAUGGAGUGGCUGACCGAAUAGAGUUCAUAUGUGGAGAUUUCAUGAAUCUUGCAUCUUGUUUAAAAGCAGAUGUUGUGUUUCUGAGUCCUCCAUGGGGUGGCCCUGAAUAUACCACUGCAGAAGUUUUUGAUGUUCAGACCAUGAUUUAUCCUGAUGGAUUUGAAAUUUUCAAGCUGUCACAAAAGAUUACCAACAACAUUGUGUAUUUUCUUCCCCGUAAUGCUGACAUAGAUCAGGUAGCUUCCUUAGCUGGACCAGGAGGGAAAGUUGAAAUAGAACAAAAUUUUCUUAACAACAGAUUGAAGACCAUAACUGCUUAUUUUGGAAACCUAAUCAGACAAGACACAUCAUGAUGGCUUAGAUGAAGAAACCACUAAUCAUUGCAAAAUUGAUAAUUUGAUAUUUCUGAAGUUCAUUCCUUCAUCUGUUUCUAAAAUUAGUGGCUGUCAUAUUUUUUAAGAAGAAAUGGUUUGGAAUAUGUAUUGUAGUACUAAUAAAAUGUUUUUAAUAAAA